AAAAAAAAAAUGGAAGCUAAAAAUCCAGUUGUUCAUAGGCCACCGCUAAAUGCGCUAGCUCCCUGUCCAAAUUUAGCGAACGCGUUUUGUCCAAUUUAUUUACUUAAUUUCUUAUAAGUUUAUUUAAUUUAAAUGGGGGAGUUGAUUUAAUAAUUUUUUAUUUUGCUAAUUAUUUACGUUGUUUUUGGUUCGUGUUAUUAAUGGGUAGCAUCUAAAUCUGAAAUCAUAUCCAAUUGGGAUUAUAAUUAUUUGGGAAUUUUUUGUUGUCGGGGCCUCGUAAAGAUUUCGGCUUCUGAAUCUCUCCGUCUCCGGCUGCGGAGGAGAGAGAGAGGACAAAACCAAAGCUUAUCUGUUUCUAGAUUAGGGUUAGGGUUAGGGUUUCUCUGUUUACUUCUUUUUGUAUGAAUUUUAAUUAAUUACAUCGAUGGAAGCUUAAGGGAUGAGUUGCUUUAGUUGCUUCAGUCCUCACCGGAAAGAUGUUAGCAAGGUCGAAAUCGAUAACGGCACUCGAUCCUCCGCAGGUAGUGGGAGAGGCAGAGGAAAUUCCAAUGACAGCGAGUGUGGGAGGGGAAAAGGCAGCAACGGACAGAAAAAUGUGGCACGGAGUUUCACAUUUCGCGAACUUGCAGCAGCCACCAAAGGCUUCAGGGAAGUGAAUUUGAUUGGGGAAGGAGGUUUUGGAAGAGUUUACAAAGGCCGGCUUGAUGCAGGCCAGGUUGUCGCAAUUAAACAACUUAAUCAUGACGGUGUUCAAGGGUUCCAAGAAUUCAUUGUUGAGGUUCUCAUGUUAAGCCUGCUACACCAUACAAAUCUGGUCACCUUGAUUGGCUACUGUACUGACGGAGAUCAGAGACUCUUAAUCUAUGAGUACAUGCCGAGGGGUAGCUUGGAAGAUCAUCUUUUUGAUCUUAGCCCUGGUCAAGAGCCACUGAGUUGGGACACUCGAAUUAAGAUAGCUGUUGGUGCGGCACGGGGCCUUGAAUACCUCCACUGCAAAGCUAACCCACCAGUUAUCUACCGUGACUUGAAAUCAGCAAAUAUACUGCUGGAUGAUGAAUUCAAUCCAAAGCUUUCAGAUUUUGGGCUUGCUAAACUUGCACCUGUGGGUGACAAAACUCAUGUCUCAACAAGAGUGAUGGGAACAUAUGGGUACUGUGCACCAGAAUAUGCCAUGAGCGGCAAGUUGACUCUGAAAUCUGAUAUUUAUAGCCUUGGUGUGGUUAUGUUGGAGCUGAUUACUGGGAAGAAGGCAAUUGACUGCUCUAAGAGGCCAGGAGAACAGAACCUAGUGUCUUGGUCGCACCCAUUUUUGAAGGAUCGGAGGAAGUUUGUCCAAUUAGUUGAUCCUCUGUUGCAAGGACGUUUCCCAGUUCGUUGUUUGCAUCAUGCAAUUGCCAUUACUGCCAUGUGUCUUCAAGAGCAACCAACUUUCCGUCCUCUUAUUACUGAUAUUGUUGUAGCACUUGAGUACUUGGCGUCCCAGAGCCACAAACCUGACCCUCGUAAAGCUGGGGUCCAUAGUCCCUUUUCGGCAUCACCUUCACAGCAGAACAGGGAUGUUGUCUCUCAGGAUUCUUAUUGCAGAAUGAGUUCAACUUCUAUUUAGAAGUUCUUCGGAUCAACUUGCUCAAAAACAGCUUGAUUGAUGUGCUUACCCACGUUGAACACCGAAGAUAAUCCCAAAGGAAACCCCGGAAUACCAAAUGUAAUAUACACACAUGAACAAUUGGUAUAUAAAUGUGCACAAAUAUGUAUAUAUAUGUUUGGAUUUGGACAUUUAGCUUUUUGAUAAAUUAAAAGAUUCAGGUUCUUGUAUUUUUUAUCUACUGCUGUGGAUUCUUUUAAUAUAAGUGAAAAUAUUAUGACAUA